AUGUCAGAAGUUCAAAAAAUUAAAGUCAAGAACCCCGUUGUCGAAAUGGACGGUGACGAAAUGACAAGAAUCAUCUGGAAAUUUAUCAAGGACAAAUUGAUUUUCCCAUAUUUGGACAUUGAUUUGAAAUACUACGAUUUGAGUAUCGAGUACAGAGAUGAGACAAACGACAAAGUCACCACUGAUGCUGCUGAAGCUAUCUUGAAAUAUGGUGUCGGUGUUAAAUGUGCCACCAUUACUCCAGACGAACAGAGAGUCAAGGAAUUCAACUUGAAGAAAAUGUGGCUUUCUCCAAACGGUACCUUGAGAAAUAUUCUUGGUGGUACGGUGUUUAGAGAACCAAUUGUUAUUGACAACAUCCCUAGAAUUGUCCCUUCAUGGGAAGAGCCGAUUAUUAUUGGAAGACACGCAUUUGGUGACCAAUACAAGGCAACCGACAUAAUUGUGCCUCAAGCAGGUGAAUUGAAAUUGGUAUAUACUCCAAAGGAUGGUGGUGAACCAAUUGAGUACCCUGUAUACGACUUUAAAGGUCCAGGUGUCGGUUUGGCAAUGUACAACACCGACGAAUCCAUCACCGAUUUUGCCCUUAGUUCUUUCAAAUUGGCAAUUGACCGUAAGAUGAACUUGUUUUCAUCCACCAAAAACACCAUUUUGAAGAAAUAUGACGGGAGAUUCAAGGACAUUUUUGAAAACUUGUAUGCCACCAAAUUUAAGCCAGAAAUGGAUAAAUUGGGAAUCUGGUACGAACAUAGAUUAAUUGACGAUAUGGUGGCACAAAUGUUGAAGUCAAAAGGUGGUUAUAUCAUUGCCAUGAAGAACUACGAUGGUGAUGUUCAAUCUGACAUUGUUGCACAAGGAUUUGGUUCUUUGGGUUUGAUGACCUCGGUUUUGACUACCCCAGAUGGAAAAGCAUUUGAAGCUGAAGCUGCUCACGGUACAGUAACUAGACAUUAUAGACAGCACCAACAAGGCAAAGAAACCUCCACCAACUCCAUUGCAUCAAUUUACGCUUGGACUAGAGGAUUAAUACAAAGAGGUAAGUUGGAUGACACUCCCGAUGUUGUUGACUUUGCCAAAAACUUGGAAAAGGCUGUUAUUGAUACCGUCUCUAAGGACAAGAAAAUGACCAAAGAUUUGGCAUUGGCUCAGGGAAAGACCGAUAGAUUGAGUUACGUCACCACCGAAGAGUUCAUUGAUGCCGUUGCAAACAGAUUGAACAAAAACUUGGGACGUUCAAAGAUUUAG